UGUUUGGCUGCGCAUCAUCAUACUGGGAUGAUCCGGAUGACGAUUAUCCGGAUACAUCUCGUGCACACCAACUUUGCCAGCGUUGACAGCCGGAACCAUCCCACCUCGGAUCUUGGAGGAGCACGUGAGAUGAAGAUGCAGUCGAUUCUAGCGGCAAUUCUCGUCUUCACUUGUCUCCAAGUGACUGCAUCGACUUCUACCUGUAUAAGUGCCCUUGACGGAAAGGUGCUGGACCUUCGCGAGUCAGCCGACAUUGUGAACGACGACUUUUGCGAUUGCAUGGAUGGCGUGGACGAACCUGCCACGUCCGCGUGCUCGCACUUGCCAACUUCCAUGUUUCAGUGCAGAAAUGAAGAUGCGUUGACCUUGAGCAUCCACUCGUCGCGCGUCCACGACGGUGUCUGCGAUUGCUGCGAUGGCACGGAUGAACCGGACGGUCGUUGUGCCAACACUUGCCACAUUGAGAUUGCCAAGCGGCGAGAGCAAGCGGCCAAGGACUUGGUUGUACUGAAAAGCGGACUUGCAGAACGACAGCGGCGUUUACGUGUCCUCGCGGCCGACGAUGCGAAAAAGGAACUGGACCUGGUCACCCAUGCCGCCGCCCACCGUGAAUGGCGUGCGUUGAAGCUCCAAAUGCAAGUGUUUCUCGACCGUGAAACAAGACGAGAGUACGAGAUGCAAGUUGCGUCGGCCAAGAAAAACCAACUUGCUGAGGACGAUCCGUCCGACCAUGCGCUGCAUCCCGCCGACGCAGCCUCCUUCCUCGACGAUUCCCCGUCGCCACCCGUCACACAACCAGAUGACGCAGACGUCGCCACAGAGUUCCAGCAUCCAAAGGUUCAGCGUUUCCUGGGCCAUGCUGUUGUGUACCGUCAAAACGGAAACUGGGUAAGCGCGUUGGCGAAUGACGCAUUCAUCGUGUUUUCGUCGCAGAUGUCGCUGCGAGCUUACAUGCAUGACGUGAUUGAGUCGGCCAAGAGGACGCCAGUGCGAACGGCAGCUGAGCGCCGAAAGGAAGACUUUUUGGGGCCGUUGUUCAACGGGGGCCGAGAAGGCCAAGUGCUCGUGCUCACGGCAGCAUUGCGUGGCCUGGGUUUGGUGCUGGCGCCCGUUCGUCUUGUCGUGGAAGCGAUUUGGUGGGCACAGUACUACUGGUCCCUCCUGCUCCAUCGCAUCGUUCCACCUGCGGUGCUGCGUCUGUGGCAGCAGGGUGUGGACAUGAUCGUGCUCGACGCCUGGCGGUCGCAGCCUCGCCUUGCUCUGCGGCGGUUGUUGCAAGGCCGAUUCUUUUGGUGGUACUGGUACACGUCGUGGGGGGUGUCGACCGUGUGGGACGCCCCUGUCGUGGCGUACAAUUAUCUCUUCCCGGCAGUAGAUACGACGGUCGUGCUGCCAGAGGCGUCGAGCUUGCGAAAGAUCAUGGAAGCCCUCGACAGUGAAAUCGCGCAAACUCAACGAGACAUGGACGUGCUGACGGCGGUAGAUGCCACCGACUACGGAGAGUGCUGUCGAAUUCUAAAAGGCACAUGCACGGUGGCGCAAUUCGAAGUGGGCGGGUCGACCGACGACGUGCGACUGACCAUGCCAUGUAGAAGUACGUGUACAAAGUGUGUCCGUUUGGCGCAGUGCAUCAAGACCAAAUACGAAUGGGGACGUGGAAGCGAUGGCACGAAGACAGCUCGGCGUCGCUCACAAUGGUGUUUGAGGAUGGUGAAAAGUGCUGGAGCGGGCCGACGCGAUCGGCGCGGGUGGUGCUCGAAUGCGGGGCUCAAGACAAGCUCCUUCGGGUCGAAGAACUCUCGACGUGCACGUAUACCAUCACGAUGGCGACUCCCGCCGCAUGUACGCAGGCGCAGGUGGAUGCGACUGCCGCCGCCGCCGCCCACCGAUGGGCCCGCAAUGAAUUAUGAAUGCUCCCGCAUGACGUACGUGGGUUCGGGGAUGGGCCCGUCCUCUUUAGAUUUUGCCAAGGACACGCCGAUGAAUGUGUCUGUAAGCUCCAGAACAUGGAUGGCCUGGGGUAAAACAACCACGGGAGGAUUGUAUCUGGGCUCGGACCCAUUCCACAUAGCUUAGAUUGAUAUUGUUGAGAUGAAGACGAUUAUUACA